GUCGCUUGCCAGUGUUUUCAAUAUGGCGGUGAGUCGGGGUAGAAUUUUUCUUCCGCGUUGAAUUUUCGUCAUAUCGGACUAAACCUUAGCACCUACUUUGGCGAAGCAGUACGAGUGUUGAGCCAUGGCGAGUAGCAGUGUACUGGCCCACGGACUGGGCACGUGUGUGGAACAUGGAGACCUGACUGCUCUCAUGGCCCUGCUCGACAGGGUGGGGGUCGACGCCAAAGACGAGAAUGGCCAGACAGCACUGAUGCUGGCUGCUGAACAUGGACAGCUGGAGAUGGUACAGGAGCUGAUCACCAAGGGGGCAGACGUACAUGUGGAGGAUGAGGAUAACUGGACAGCUCUGACCUCGGCAGCUAAGGAGGGCCACCUGCCGAUAGUCACUUGUCUACUGGACCGAGGGGCCAAUAUCGAACAUGUAGACAUGGGUGGCUGGCCGGGGCUGAUGUGGGCCUCCUACAAGGGUCACACAGCUGUGGCUCAUGAGAUGUUACACAGGGGAGCCAACCCGAAUGUUCAGGGACAGCAUGGAGUGUCUCCUAUCAUCUGGGCAGCAGGCCGGGGACACACAGACAUUGUGGAGGCACUGCUGAGACAUGGGGCCAAACCUAGUGCUUUUGACAAGUACGGUACAAGUGCGUUAGUGUGGGCGUGCAGACGGGGACACCAGGGGUGUGUACGGGCCCUGCUGGACGCUGGCGCAGAUGUGGACACAGCUGGGGCGAAAUCUGAGCCUCCCCUGAUCACAGCAGCUAAGGGAGGCCACUAUGAAGUCGUCCAUGAUAUUCUCAGGAGGAACCCAAAUGUCAACUCUGUGGACAAGGACGGCCACACAGCACUCAGUAUAGCAGCUAAGGACGGACACACAGACAUUGUGAGAGAGCUUCUGGCCAAAGGAGCAUAUCUGAACCUUACAGACAAGGACGGUGACACAGUCCUGAUCCAUGCUGUGAAGGGGGGACACCUGGGAGUGGUGCAGGCACUGCUGGACAGGUACCCUGAUGUGGACAUGCCGGGGGCGGACAACAAGACUGCUCUAUACUGGGCUGUGGAGAAGGGUCAUCCCAACAUUGUACAGGCUAUCCUGGACUACAAUCCAAACACUGAAAUAGCAUCAAAGGGAGGAGACACUCCACUGCUGAGAGCCACUCGACACAGAAGCAUUGAUCUGGUAGAGAUGUUACUGAACAAGGGAGCAAAGGUCUCAGCAGCAGACAAGCCCUGCAAGGUGAAAGUACAGAAAGUGAACAUCAUAAAAGCAGCGGGCAGGGAGGAAAACUUGAAUAUCACUUCCACAUCCCAUGAAACACACAUCAUAAUCAUUAAAACACAAUACACUUAA